AUGGACGUGGCUUGCAAAUAUUGGCCAUACUUGGAGAAAGCUGCUAGUGUUCUUCCUGCUCUUCAGGAGCUGACCACUAUGAAACCCUUUCUCAGUGUGAUGCAUGCUCGAGCCCAUGCUACUAAGUGUGAGAUUAAAUGUAGUGGCAGGAACCAGGAAGGAGCAGGGACAACCGCUGGUGAGGAGGUGGAGCAAGUGAACAGCUACCUCUCACGUUGUGCCCUGACGACCAAAUACAUGUCCAAAGCAGCACGGGUGGACAUGCUUACAUUGCAUGCAAUGGGUUGGAACGAGAAAAAAAAUCUCUCUUUACAUCAGGCACUUUCCACAAGAUAUGUGAAGACUUGUCAGAGACUCCAGGAUGAGACUGCAAGGCUAGCUGACCUAAAAACAGAGCUACAUUGCACAGAUGAAGUGGUGUCACAGUGGCUAUCUGAUGUGAAGGAAUGGGCAGCUGGUGAGACAACUGAUACAACUCAUGCCAGUCAAGGCACCACACACAGAGGACUUCAGCAAUCAAUUGACGGGCUCUACCUUAGUGUGAGGCAGCGGAAGCGAACCCUCUACCGUCAGAAUGGUAUAACUAUAAAAUAUGAUAGGUUGACAAAUUCAAGCUACUGUAUGCAUCCUACUCCACCAACAUGGAAUUAG